CUCUAAACCGUGUAUGAACUUUGAAACUACAAACAAAACAAAUUAAGCAUAGCCAUUGCAAUGCUCUAGUGCCUUGCACGUCAAACCGUGUUAAGUUCUUCACUCAAAUCUGCUCUCUCUCUAUAUAUAUUGUUCUGCAAAAUCCCCACCUUCCCAUCUCACCAAAAGCGUUUUAUCCAUACAACAACUCGAGGAAAUAGCAGCAGCAACAGCAGCAACAGCAUGUCUCUCCUUAGACCUUAUGGUAAGGUCGAUGAAUCCGAUCAAAUGAGGCUCGACGCUAGCCGAAGGACUCGGAAGAGGGUCAUUGUCAUUGUCUUGUCCUCUGUUGUUCUUGUUGGUGUUGUUGUUGCUGUUGUGUUCGGGACUAGAAAUAGUUCCAAGAACGACGAGAGUGACAAUCACAAUGAGGCUCUUUCAACUUCGAUAAAAGCAGUUUGUGAUGAGACUUUGUAUCCCGAUACUUGUAAGAAUGCUUUUGGUUCUCUAGCUAACUCGUCCCACCUCGACCCUGGUCAAAUAGCCAAGUUUUCGGUUCAACUCGCGCUCGGUGAACUGUCGCGAGUGGCUGAUUACCUUUUGGAGCAUGCCAUUACCAAUUCAACUGAUAAUAAGACCAUAUUAGCUUUGAGAAGUUGUCAUGAACUUUUGGACUUGGCAAUAGAUCAUCUAAAUGACUCAUUAUCAUCAAGUGAGAUUACAGUGCUGAAAGCUGUGGAUGAUUUGAAAACAUGGCUAAGUUCAGCAGCUACUUACCAGCAAACUUGCAUCGACGGGCUCGAGGAAGUCGAUCUCGCUUUGACGAAUGUCAUCGCAAAUUACUUGAAGAACUCUACUGAAAUGACCAGCAAUGGCCUUGCCAUUGUGUCCUUCUUUUCGAAGCUAACGGAUUCUUUCAGUCUACGACGAUUGAUGAGUUAUGAAGAUCGACAUAGCAAUGGAGAUUGGGCGCGCCCGAUACUCCGGAAGCUAGCUCAAAAGGAUCUCCGGAAGCAGGCCGACAUCGUCGUAGCGAAAGACAAAUCGGGGAAGUACAAAACAAUCACUGAAGCUCUCAAUGCUGUACCUGAUAAGAGCAAGAAGAGAACUGUGAUCUAUGUGAAGAAGGGAGUUUACAAGGAGAAUGUUGAAGUUGUGAAGAACAAAUGGAAUGUAGUGAUGAUUGGCGAUGGAAUGACUUCAACCACUGUAACUGGCAGGCUCAACUUCAUAGAUGGGACGCCAACAUUUUCUACUGCAACAUUUGCUGCAAAGGGAAAAGGCUUCAUUGCCAUAGACAUGGGAUUUGAGAACACAGCUGGACCGAGCAAACACCAGGCGGUUGCUCUGAUGUCGACGUCGGACCAAUCGAUCUUCUACCGCUGCCAAAUGAAUGCAUACCAAGACACUCUCUAUGCACACUCGAACCGUCAAUUCUACCGUGACUGCAAGGUUUACGGCACGGUCGAUUUCAUCUUUGGAAACUCAGCAGUAGUCCUACAAAACUGCAAAAUUGCACCAAAGUUGCCUCUUUUAGGCCAAAAGAACACAAUCACUGCUCAAGGCCGGUUUGAUCCUAAUCAACACACUGGCAUUUCAAUACAACACUCUUCAAUCCAACCGUUCGAAAACUUGAAAACUACCGAAACUUACCUCGGUCGUCCAUGGAAGAACUACUCGACGACCGUGUUUAUGCAGAACGAUUUCGGUAGCUUGAUUCACCCAACUGGCUGGCUGCCAUGGGUUGGAACAUCAGCACCAGACACCAUCUUCUAUGCUGAGUUUCAAAACAAAGGCCCUGGUUCUUCCACAGCCAACAGAGUGAAAUGGAAAGGUUUGAAGAAUAUUGACACCAAAACUGCCAAGAAAUUCACUGUUUCCUCUUUCAUUCACGGUAAAGAUUGGAUCUCAAAGGCUCAAGUCCCCUUCAAUGCCACCCUCUGAGUUUCAUUUUCAUUUCAUGGAGUUCCACUAAAUGCUUUUGUCUUCAAAUUCUGUUGUUUCAUACUUUCUUUUUAACCAUUUGAUUGAUUGUUAUUGUGAUAAGAACAUAUACUGAGAAAGUUCUGUCCACUUUUUGGGCUUGAAUUCGACACUUUUAAUGUUUAUGAGGUCUUUUAAGUUG